AUGACGUCACGAGAGACCUUGCUGGAGAUGGGGUUCGACCCGAGGGUCGUAGACAGAGCUCUGGAACAUAGCGAUGAGCUUGGGGCUGCAAUUGACUGGAUUGAAAACCACCCAGACAGUGCGGACGCUGAGGAAAGCGUGCAGGUUCAACCGGCGGUCGCCCCCGAGGAACAAGCACCAACCGAAAGCAGACCAGUGGAGGAGCGGUUGGCAGAACUGCAGGCCAAAGCAGCCAAACGCCGAAAGGAAGCUGAGAUGCAAGAUGCUGAGGAGAGACGUCGCAACGAGGAAAUUUCCCGCAAAAACCAGCAGCAGGCACGGGACGCUAAACGAGACCUGGAAGUGAAACAAGCUCAGAAACAGGCUGCCCAGCGGCGGAAAGAGGCUCUUGAAGAUAAACUGUAUAAGGAGCAGCUGCGCAAACAGAUUGAGCAAGAUAAAAGAGAACGACUGGCAAAGGCUGGCAAGCUCGACACCUCCCCUCCUCCUCCAGCGGCUGCGGCUGUGCCGGCGCCUAAACCGGUUGUCACUGGUGACGUUCGAGUCCGAAUCAAGUAUGAAGAUCAGACAAUCACCAAAACGUUCGGCCAGGAGUUCACUGUGGCUCAAUUGGGCGAUGCGGUAGGCGAGGAGUUUGGUCUCAGCCAAUUCGUCCUCACCACGACCUAUCCCGCUCUUAGUAUCGACCCACAGGGCGAUACUCGUACGCUUCGCGAAGCCCAGCUCGCCAAUGCCAACAUUGUGGUUAAAUUAGCUUGA